CAGAUUGAGAACCCACAGACACGACCACAAUGGGCAGCAAAACCUUGCCCGCACCAGUGCCCAUCCACCCCUCCCUGCAGCUCACCAACUACUCCUUUCUCCAGGCGGUAAACGGCCUGCCCACAGUGCCCUCGGACCACCUGCCCAACCUGUACGGCUUCAGCGCGCUGCACGCUGUGCACCUGCACCAGUGGACGCUGGGCUACCCGGCCAUGCACUUGCCGCGCUCCUCUUUUUCCAAAGUGCCAGGAGCCGUGUCCAACCUGGUGGACGCACGCUUCCAGCUGCCAGCCUUUCCCUGGUUCCCCCACGUCAUCCAGCCCAAGCCGGAGAUCACCGCUGGAGGCGGCGGCCCCGUGGCGCUCAAGACCAAGCCCCGCUUUGAUUUUGCCAACCUAGCCUUGGCUGCCACGCAAGAAGAUCCGUCCAAGCUUGGCCAUGGGGAGGGUCCCGGCUCCCCCGCUGGUGGGCUGGGCGCCCUCCUGGAUGUGACCAAGCUGUCCCCAGAAAAGAAGCCCACAAGAGGACGCCUGCCCUCCAAGACCAAGAAGGAGUUUGUCUGCAAGUUCUGUGGCCGCCACUUCACCAAGUCCUACAACCUCCUUAUCCAUGAGCGGACGCACACAGACGAGAGGCCCUACACCUGUGACAUCUGCCACAAAGCCUUCCGGAGGCAAGACCACCUCAGAGACCACAGAUAUAUUCACUCCAAAGAAAAGCCUUUCAAGUGUCAAGAGUGCGGGAAGGGCUUCUGCCAGUCCAGGACUCUCGCUGUCCACAAGACGCUGCACUCACAGGUGAAGGAGCUCAAAACCUCCAAGAUCAAAUGCUAAACAGAGCCUCCUGCUCACCAGGGCGCUGCCGCCCGCCGCUGCCCCCGCCUCCAGAGGGACCAGAAGCCGGGAGGCGACUCUAGCGGACCUUCCCGGGCCCAAAUCACAGUCCCUUGGGUCCCUGCCGCUUGC